AAUUUUUGGUGGCGUGUCCAGCUAAGCUGCUGUAGUAUUCUUGGUGCUUGUGCGAGCUGUGAUCGGCAUCUUGAGUGGUGGGGCAUGGCUGGCAGUCGCAUCUACAAGUUGGGCUCCAUCUUCACGAGGGUGGAGGGCCUGUUGAAGGCUGGUGGCAUGCAGCCUUCAGAGCAACCGCUCUGGCUUGAUGUGUAUCGUGCCUUCCCACCAAUGGAGGAGCCCAGCUUCUACAGGACGGCCAGGGGCGAUGUACGUCGCAUCUUCUACCCGGAGGAUGUCACCCGCAUGCAGUUCUACCGGCAGCAUGCCAAGACUACUGUGGACCUGCAGGACACAAGAAACAUGUCACCCUGCCAACGGUUCCUGAAGGAGCAGUCACAACUUGACAAGAACAAGUAGGCGAACAUGCUGUGCUUGCUCCAAAGGCCAAAUUAAUGUCAAGUGGCACACUCCUUCACUCCCUACACAGCGCACACAAGGGAAACAAUUUGGCAACAUUGUCUGCAAAUGUGUUACUGAUGGCUGUUUCGCAUGGAAGCAUUGUCUGGUUAUUUGCUCUGUAAAAGUUGUUUAGUGUGACAGAGCUAUAAAACAAGACGAUAGUCUAUUGUCCAGCAUAACAGUAUACUAAUGAUGGGGAGCAAAGGUGUUUGUAGUGGCUAUACUCGUGUACAACUCGUUUAACUAUGAAGGCAAAGUUCUGGAACCAGUAGUGCACUUGUGCAACCAGUUUUGUACUUGGUUAUUAAAAAUUGUUGUCAAUGUU